CCAUUACCUACUCACGGUGAAUCUGCCAGCAGGUGUCAGUCUAGUACAGUACAGUGCAGUGCAGUGCAUGCUAGUGGCGGUGCUAUAGGAUAAGAAUGGAUGAAUGCAUGAAAGGAUGGAGGCACUGGGCAUACUACUGUUCAAGCUGUGCUUCAUGGAUACUCCAUUUGGUGACAACCCUCUAGCCAUGGUCAGUGCUCAGUACAGCAUUCCUGAAGACUCUCCCUACACACAAGACCUGCACAACUUGAGAGCUAAAAGGUGUCCUCAUAAAUAGAACACAAAUAGAAGAUUGGAUUAAAGGCGAGACACAGACAUACACAUGACUCGUCACUACCACCAUUCGUGUUUCCCUAUGAUCUCGGUUACAAGAGGAACUUAUCUCAAGUCAUUAAUUGGUCUGGGCGUAGUCAGGGCAAUGGCCUCGAGUGGCAAGUGGCCAAAGGAUGUUUAGAAUUUUCACUGACUGUUGAACAAUUAGAACAAAAGAAACUCAAGCGAAAGCAAGCAGUGACUUGCCGAAUUAAACAAGAUUAUUCUGGUUCUAGUUGCCCUUUAAACUUUGGACUCUUGCUGUGUCUGUGUACCCCACGCUUUGAACCAAAGAUCAAGGUUCAAGAGGGUGAUGUGUUCAGUGUCACGCGAUGGGGUCGGUACUGGGUCUAUGGUGACAAGACGCUAUCAGAAGCUCUGUCUGAGAAAGGUGUGGUGGUGCGUGGAUGGUUCCCUCGUUCCUGCGUGGUUGCCAUAGAUACCAGUGAUGACUCAGAGGAGGUCACUUCAGAUGACCCGGGGUCAGAGGUCAAAUCAAAAGUCGUCAAGAGGAGAAAAGAACAAUCGAAACAAUGAACUGUAGAACAAUAAUUAUAGCUGAUGAUGUUAAACAAUGGAAAAUAUGGAAAGCGGGUGUGGCACUUUGCUGAAAAGGGGCGAACUGAGACAAAGAAAGCUCAAGUGUGUCUAUCAGUAAAGCUUCAAUAUAAUGGCUACUGGGCAAGACUCCGGCGCUCAAAAGAAGCUAGCCGAGGACUUAUACGAGGCCGAGGACUUAUACGAGGCUGUAGACGAACGUGACGUCGUCAAAGUUAGGUCUCUGUUGGGACAUGGGGCAGACCCCAACCACCAGCUCUACUGGAGUGACGAGUGGGGAUACAAGAAGCCUCCAUUACACUUGGCUUGUGAUAAGGGCCACCUUGAGAUUGCGAAGACACUUGUUACCCAUGGAGCUCGGACUGAUAAAGGUGAUGGGACGUACAGCAAGACUCCACUUCACUGGGCAUGCCAGGGAGGUGAUAAGGAGAUGGUGCAGUACCUGAUCCAAGAGCUCAAAUGUAGCACUGUUGAACUCUGUUCCACAACAGACGUGAGGGAUAAGGAUAACAUGACUCCUCUUCAUCAGGCUUGUAUAUGGGGAAAUAAAGACGUGGUACAGUAUCUGGUGGAGGAGAGGAAGAUGGAUGUUGAUGUGAGGGAUGGUGAGGGACAGUCACCACUGGACAAUGCUCUGAAGGGUUCUGAUGUUGUGUGUUAUGAGGACUGUAUGGAUGUUGCCCUCUACCUGAUGAGCCGUGGCUGUGCAUGUGGUGAUGAGGACAAAGCCAGGUUACUCUGUGAGGCAUGUGACCUUGGCGAGCUGGGUGUCGUGAAGGAACUUGUUGAGCAAUACAAAGUUGACCCCAACAGUGUAACUGACUUUAAUGGCAAGACUCCUCUUGACCUUGCUACACAGGAGGGUCACACUGAAAUUGUUGACUACCUCAAGUCUCUACCACAACAAUCUGCUGUGACUGGAGACACUGACUCCAGGAGUGACGAGAAUGGACCACCACCAACAAAGAAACGAAAAAGUGCCCAGCAAGUGACUCUGAGAGUGUGUCCUAACUGUAAGGAGAGCUGUCACAUCCGCUGCAAGAAAUGUCCCGAAUGUGAGCACGAGUUCCCUCCUUCCAGUAAGAGCAGGGCCAAACCUGACCAGGAUAUUGUGAAAAACCCUUCAAACCUACUGCAGAUACUACAGAAAAAGGUGGACCAACUGUCUCUGUUAGGAUUUGACAUUGUCGUACUAGUGCACAGAGAUUCAAGCAAAUCACAUGACACGCCCAGUCGCUCACGCCACACCUACAGGAAGUUUGUGACCCCCGGACUGGCCGAGAGCUUUGUUGAAUCUCCUCUGGUGUACGGCAGUUGGAAAGAUUUCUGUAGUUCUGACAAGACCUCAACUGGACACGCUCAGAAAUCCAAGAGCCCACGAAAGAAAAAAGGAGUACAAACGAAUACCACUACUACCACUCAGGAGGGGGACAGAUCACAUGAUACGAGUGGAGUGUCACAUGAUCAAGGCAAUGUAUCUCAAGACAGCAAUGGUGCCAAUACUCAAUCACAAGCAGCACAAAGCUCUACUGCUCUACUCUCUAUUAGUGACAACUCAACAACGCUUUGGAAUGCAAUAUCUUCUCUUCGCCAACAAAUUGAUUCCAUACAGUCCAGUUUAAAUGCCCCGCCCACUCACACGUACCCUCAACACAUGUACCCCACAGCUACUGGUUUAAUGAACACAGGGCAAUCGACCUUUGUACCCGUGCCGGGGGGUGGUCUAUUCAAUACACCACUCCCCAAUUUCACUGGACCUUCUUCACACAACUCAAUGCUGGGACAGUCAUCACGAUUUAAUGUGAAUCCCGUGUCCUUCCCAAUGUUUCCAUUUUCACCUGCUCCAGCAAAUUAUCGUUUCCCUUCAUCGAUUACACCGUUAGAGUCGUCUAGGCAACCAAUAAACUCUGACCCAAACACUGACUCAAUAGAUCCGUGAACUUUGCAAUAGAAUUUGAAGUUAUAAAGUCAUGUACGUUGUAAAAAAUAAUUAUGCUGUAAUUAUUUGUUCUGUGCGUACCAUAUACGCUAUAAAAUA